GGCUAACAACAUUUUUGGUGUUUUAGACAAAGUCUCUAGGUUUUAAAUUUUGUUUAAUCUUACUAUUUUUGUGAAGUUUUUGGUAAAUCAAAAGUUCGUCCUGGCCAGGGAUAGAACCAAAGCAAAUCAACUACAAAUGUUAUUCAUUCAAUCUGAAUUAAAAGUUUGCAACGAUUUUCUCCCAGAGGUUACCUCAAGCUUGUUGGAAUUCUUUAGCGCACGCUGUGCAGGACAGCACUCUCCUUGAAUUAUUUUUAUUAUCUUCAAAAGCCUCCACACAGUCUAAAUCAAUUCAAACUGGCGAAGGCCAUUAAGUCUGUUCAGCCCAACCCAAGCAAGUUUCACCUAUGCUAUAGGUGUCCCAAUGGGGUGAGGUUUUGCUGCUGUCACCACAGCAGAGGAGGUGUAGAGAAGAGCCCCAACUCUGCACAUAGAUAUCAAACUACCUCUUUCUUUUCCUGCGGAACAUCGCAGUUUACUUCAUUUGCACUUUCUAGGCAUCUAUUGAUAGAUCCAACGUCUCUAGCCAUCUCCAAACUAACACACUUAUCUUUGUGUGCUGCUACAAGCUGCUAAAACUGAUACAUUCUUGUGCAAGUAUGGCACGAAUGAACAGACCAGCCCCAGUUGAAGUCCGGCACAAGGGAAUGAGAUUCCUGAUCACACACAACCCAACCAACUCCACAAUGGAGAAGUUCCUUGAGAUACUCAAUCAGUAUGAAGCUGACACCGUUGUCCGUGUAUGUGAAUCUACAUACGAUAAAGAACAACUCACAGCCAAAGGCAUUCAAGUUAUGGACUGGGCAUUCGAUGAUGGUGCGGCCCCACCUAAAGAUGUUGUUGAAGACUGGCUCAAACUUCUUAAAGCUCAUUUGAAGAGAAGCCCACAGACCUGUAUCGCAGUUCACUGUGUUGCUGGGCUAGGAAGGGCUCCUGUAUUGGUUGCAUUAGCUCUUAUGGAAAGCGGAAUGAAAUAUGAAGACGCUGUGGAAUUUAUAAGACAGAAAAGAAGGGGAGCCAUCAACAGCAAACAACUCCAGUACUUGGAAAAAUACAGACCUAAAUAUUGUCUCCGCAUGCGAGAAAAUGGGAAACCUGCUGGAUGUUCCAUCCAGUAAACCAUCACACCUCUUAAAAAGACUUCUGCCGCUCAAAUGCGGUUCUUACUUUUUGUUGUUUGUUUCUUCUGCACCUCUCUCUGCUGGUGUGGCUCGAACGAUUUAUUUCCAACUCAUGUUAGUAUUUAAAGAGUUUUCGAACAGUUUUGAAGCCUCGAUGACCCCAUGAUUCAACUCAAGAUGACGCCGACUUCUUCUUAUAACUGGUACCAACCAUAGGCACCAAACUUUUUAAAAUGCAGGGGAUGCAGAAUAGUUAGACACAUGUUUUACAUAACAAACCAUCUUUUUGGUUGUAAAGUUUCCUGAUUAGUGUGUUUUAAAAAAGUUUCGGGGUAUUACUUCCCCUUGCCACCCCAGGUUUGGUGCCUAUGGUACCAAUUAUCCUUCAAACUCAACCUCUUGACCUGGUGUUGGCGGUACCAAUCUUAUCAAUGCAAAAAGUAAAUCACAAAAUCAGCCUAGCUUCCCAUGGAAUAUGUAGAAUUGUUAAUGAAGUUGUCAUUUGAUCUUCCAUAGAUUUUGUUCAUUUUACUGAGAUGUUGUUUCAUGAACAAAAUAUGUGAGCUUAUUCACAUGCCUUACCACUUCAUGUAGUGGCAAUGUUUCAUGGAAUGUUCAUUGCUUUAUUAUGUUGGACAACUAACCUUGUAUAAUGUAAUGUUUAUUGUUGUGAAUUGCUCCCAGUUAGAGGUGGAUCAUACUGGUAAUGAGUUCAAGUGGAAAAUCAAUUAUUGCUGGAAUGUACGAGUGCUUAAGCUUAAGUUCUGAUUGUUGCAACCUGUACAGUUCUCUCCUUCCUAAUUUAGGCAAUUUAUGUUGGAUGUCCUUGCAUUUAGCUUUGUUUUUAUUUUGCUUAACAACGCAGAGAAGGGUGGCCACUGAUGAUAUCAUUGCUUACUUUGCACCACUCUGCUGCCUCUAAGUGUCCACACUGCUACAAGAUAAUUAAAAUAAAACCUGAAGUCGAUUCAGUUUAAA